AAAAGAGGAAAAAAUUCAGAAACUAAAUAGUUUUCAAUCGAUGCCUUCUACCUCCUUCUCAGAUGGUAUUACUGAUAACUUAAAACUUACAUCCAAAGAGAAUAUUCAGAAAAGGUUAAGGAAUGAGGAGUACCAAGAGCAACCUUCAGCUAAGAAGGCAAAGGUUGAUGAUGACCAUGAGAUUGGAGCUUUGAAUGCUUCAGACCAAGAGGAAAUACAAAUCACAAUCGAUCAACAUAUUCCAACAUCUGAUAAUCAUAGCUUAGAAUUAAUAUUUGAAGAUUUAGAAAUAGAUUCAAAGACAAUCACAUUUUUUGAAAGAUUAACUGAAUGGAUGAGGAAUAAGGCGAAUCAACCAAUCAUCAAAAAAAUAAAUGAAAAGGAACGUCCAGUUGACGAUACCCAGUCAAAGACACAACUUAAAAAAGGAUUGCCGGUAUAUGUCUCAACAUCUAAAUUGAUAAUUAUGCAACGCUUAAGAAACAAACCAAAUGAUUUGGCACGAGCUCUUCUAAUAGAGUUGGUUGGCGACGAAAAUUUAAAAGAAAUGUGUGCAAAGGGAAGAAGAAAGAGAGGAAGGCCGGCAGUUCCUGCAGAUAUUAGAGAAGCUAUUCUUUAUUACGUACAACGGAAGAAAAGCAAAAACACGGAUGAUUUUAAAGAAAAACAUUUAACUAAGUUAAUAAACAAUACGUGUGGGACUUUGCGUCACCCUAGAUGUACUUCGGAGGAGGAAAAUGACAAGGCUUUAAAUAUGCGCAAGAACAACAAGAACGGGAAAGAGAAAAAAGAUGAAAUGGAUGAAGAAGAAAAUGAUUUAGAAGAGAGUAAUUGCGAGGACAAGAACGGAGAAGAGAAAAAAGAUGAAAUGGAUGAAGAAGAAAAUGAUUUAGAAGAGAGUAAUUGCGAGGACAAGAACGAGGAAGAGAAAAAAGAUGAAAUGGAUGAAGAAGAAAAUGAUUUAGAAGAGAGUAAUUGCGAGGACAAAAACGGUGAAGAGAAAAAAGAUGAAACUGAUGAAGAAGAAAAUGAUUUAGAAGAGAGUAAUUGCGAGGAUGUAACAGACGAAGAGGAGAAUGAUGAAAUAGAGGACAAUGAGGAAUAUUUUAGCGAAGAUGACAAGGGUGAAACGGAAAGUGAUGCAGAAGGAACAGAUUGAAAGAGAUUUUUAUUUUGCGUUUAAAUUUAAUUUCUUAUUUUG